CAUUACAAACUUCGAAGGACUCAACCCUUUUCAAGAAGUACUGCUACAGCCUCCUUGUCCCUUCUGGACGCCUUCGGUAUUGCAUUUCCAGACGGAAUAUUCGACCAAGACCAUCAUGCAUCACGUCAAAUUAGCGCUUCAUCCCAGUUGAACGCACGUGUUGAUCAAUGAGCAGCAGACCCGACACUCCUCGCGCGCCAUGCCUUCUCCGAUCCCCGUCACCCGCUUGUUGCCCAAAGACAUCUAUCCGUGUCCGGACACCGGUACCUGCAGCAGCCCGCUGGCCCAGCUCGCCCAUGGCUCCACCCUGCAGGUCCCUGCUCAGCGGCUGCACGGCAGAGUCGCCAGCCGGCUCUGGUCAUCAGUGGUCCACUGGAAGCAGCUGCGCUCCGUGGAGUCCGUGGGUUCUGGAGGGUUCGGCUCCGUAUACAAGGCGGAGUACUUCGGGGAGACCGUUGCGCUGAAGAAAGUGAAAAAGUGCACAAAGAACAAGCUGGCUUCCAGACAGAGUUUCUGGGCUGAACUGAACGCUGCGCACCUGCGCCAUAAAAACAUCGUGCGCGUCAUCGCGGCGACCACCUGCGUUCCGGCGGAUCGCGAGGACGAAAGCAGCAUCGGAACCAUCCUGAUGGAGUUUGUUGGGAGCAGAAAUCUGCAGCAGAUUAUUUACGGGAGCUCGGAGCAGCUGGGGGAGGACAGGGGGCUGAAGUUCUCCACAGACAUCGCCAGCGGCCUGAGGUACCUCCACUCCCACAGCGUCGUCCAUCUGGACAUCAAACCAGCCAACGUGCUCGUGUCCAGCGAAGACGUCUGCAAAAUCGCGGAUUUCGGCUGUUCUCUGAAACUGGACCACGAAUGCGAAACGAGCGCGAUUAGCCCUCAUCUGAGCCACGUUUGUGGUACGUACACGCACAGAGCCCCGGAGCUGCUCAAAGGAGAGGAUGUGUCUCCUAAAGCGGACGUCUUCUCCUUCGGAAUCACCCUGUGGCAGCUUUUAACCAGAGAGCCGCCCUACACGGGCGACAGACAGUAUGUCCUCUAUGCGGUCGUGGCGCACAGUUUGCGGCCCUCCCUUCAGGACCACAUGGUGUUCAGGUCGGAGAGAGGGAAGCGGUGCGGUGAUCUGCUGAGCCGGUGCUGGAGCGCAGAGGUCGCCUGCAGACCCAGCGCUCCGGAGCUGCUGCAGCACCUGGAGCUGCUGCGCGUCCACGCGUGAUUUUCUGAUCUGCACACGAGGCUUUAAAUGUCUAACUUUUAGUUAUUUUUUACUUGGUUUUCCUUCACUUGGUCAACGUCUCAACUGAAUCAGAAUACGAUUAUAUAUAUUCCUGUCUGACAUUCUUACAGUGACGCCUUUCUGUCCACACAUGCAUCAUUUUACAGAACUUAAAAUCAAUGUGUUUUGAGUACAGACGUGUUGUGCCUAAUUUUUUACCAGCUACCAUGAGAAAGUAUUUGAUUUAAAUGUAAUGGGGUUUCAUUAAAAUUAUUUUAUACUAAA